GUCAGCAAAAAGUUCACCUCUCGUGCUUACACGUCAGCUGAAAAAGGCAACGAAGAACAAUAGGGGAAAAGCGAGCUGGAUUGGGCGAGACUAGUCUCCAUUCUUCCAGAGAAACUAGCACGACAGAAAAGCCCCUCCUUCCUCCUAUUUGCCCCCCUCUUAUAAGCUUUGAUCUUCACCUUUUGCUUGAAUGCUGUUUACAGAUAAUCACCACAAUAGCAUAGAACUCGUGGUGCUUCCUUUUUCAGUAGUUAACAACAUCAAAAAGGAUGACUACAUGUGACCAGAAAAUGAUCCUAGAUUGCUGUUCGAAAUUAACCCCUUGACUUUGUUGUUAAUUAACUUUUGCAGUUGUGGUCUAAAAAUAUGCAAGACCUUGGGGUUUGUGAAGACAUUGUUUUCCAUGAUGAUUUUAACAUACCGGAUGUUGAUAAAAGAAUUUGCAACUUUGAAGAACUGUUUGGGGGCGAUCUAGAUCCAAUCGGAGCAUUUCCUGAUGAGAAUGAUUUGCCAUGCUCUUCUGUUGAGAAGGAUAUGUCUCUCGAGAAAUCCAACAACAGAGAUGGAAGAGCAGUGAAGGGAUCAAUUCUGAAAUAUGUACAUUGGAAGUCCCUAACGUUGAAGAGAAGAAAAGGGCUCGAAUGCACGACAAACAAAUUCGAUGUGCUCCUAGGAAGCCUAAGUGUGAUGUACGGAAGCGAGGAAAUGGUUGAUAAGUAAUGCCAGAGGGCUGUGGCUCUGCUAUGGUCGAUGUAAAAAUCUUAGGUGAGAUAAAUUUACUUUUUUGAAGAAAUAAACUAGAACUGGUGUUGGAAAAUACGUGUUCAUGAGCGUGGCGAUGGUCUCAUGGCAUCUGGUAAAAAUAGUGACUUGAUAAUCGUUCAAUUUUCCAUGAAUAAAUGAUAUGGGUCCAAAUCUAUACACGCAGAGAUUAUAUGGAUAUACAGUUUGAUUACAUAUCAUCCAAAUUGGAGUAAGUCUCCUGCCUCCUAGGUUAACGUUUCUUGUUUUGGUCAUGUAUGGAAUUUGAUUCUAAAUUUCUUUGAGCCAUGCUAGGUAAUCAACUUAAUGCACAGGCUAG